AUCGAUAAUAUAACCUAAAAAAUAACUCGUGUAGUAUAGCGGUUGUAGCUGGUUGCAGCCUUAUUGCUGUGGCUUCUGGUUUGGUUGUUAUAAAUAUCUUGUAUUCUCCAAAUACAAAUUGAUUGACGAAAAUGGUCGUUUUUACAUGUAACAAUUGUGGCGAGAGUUUGCAGAAACCAAAAGUAGAGAAGCAUUAUCAAUUCUCUUGUAAAAGAGGCAAAAAUUUAACAUGUGUUGAUUGCCAUAAAGAUUUUCUUGGUGAUGCUUAUGGAGAACAUAUCAGGUGUGUGAGUGAAGCUGAUAGGUAUUCAGCAAAAGGUUCUAGUAUUAAACAGAGUGAGAUCCCAAAGGGAGAGCAGAAACAGCAGGAAUGGAUGGACAUGAUCAGGAAUUCCAUAGACAAUGACACCAAACUCUCAAAAGAUUUAAGAAAUGUUUUAGACAAAAUUUUAGUUAAUAACAAUUUGCCAAUGAAACAGAAACCAUUUAUGAAUUUUGUAUUCUCCUCAUUAGGUGGAAGAGUUCCCAAACAUAAUAUUGAAGCUGCAUGGAAUGUUAUUGAUAAUUACAAGAAGAAAUGGUUAGAGCAGAAAAGUGAAGCAACCAAGAGGAAAGCUGAAGAAGCAGCCAAGUCAGAGGCUACAAGCAAGAAAGCAAAAAUUGAACCUGAAGUUGUUGAAAAUGGAAAAUCAGAGGAGGCACCAGAAGAGAAUGGUGUUUCAGAGGGUGGAAAGUUUUCAUUUGAAACGCAAAUAUUCAAAGAACUCAAAGGCAAGGAAAACAUGUCAGUUGCUAAACUGAGAAAAGCAGUGCUCAAGGCAUAUUUGAAACAAUCAGGGAAAGAGGAGAAGUUCAACAAGAAACUGGAAUCACUGGAUACAGUUGAAAUUAAAGAUGGUAUUGUGACGUUAAAAUAAUUUUAAUAAAUACUUCUAAAUCA